AGCAGGGGAGGUGGAGUCGCUCUGUUUCAUAAAGGAGAGGAGAGAAAUACACAUCUGUGAUCUGAAGUGUGCACAAGGUUUAGAAAUGUGUGUUUGUGGUUUUCUGCAAAUCUUGUCUUUUUGAUCUACAGUGAGUACUUGCACAUUUAAAGCUGCUUUGAAUAUCUGUAACUUGUGGAGAUUGGCAUUUUUGUCAUUAUCUUUUUUGGACGUAUGGAGUUAGUUCACCUCAGAUUCACACGGUUAAUCUUCAUCUUCCAUUGAAUUUGGGUGGAUAUUUUGUUAUCUAAAGCAGUGACAUUAGAAAGAGUUAGUUCAACCAAAAUGGAAAAUUCUGUCAUUUACUUACUUUUUAUUAACCUGAAUGACUUUCUUUCUUCUGUGGAACACAAAAUGAGAUAUUUUGAAUAAUUGUGUGGUCCAAACAAGAUUUAACUCUGUUGACUUUCAUUGUUUGAACAAGAAAAACACUUUGGCCGUUUUUCAAAAUGCCUUCUUUUGAUGGCAGACUUGUCAUUUUUAUGUUAAUGAUCCCUUUAAAUUUCUCAGGCUUUCAUAUAUUGUAUAGAAUCAGUAGCUUUAUUUUUAUGUAUGUAUUUUGGGGAACUGAAUAAGAGAAGUAGCUAUAAAUCACUAGAAGUAACAGUAGCGCCUCAUUUGUCAGUGCCGGGCACACAUUUAUUGAUCUAUCUCAAGCUUUGGCAGAUUGAUGCCACGUAGUGAACGUUAAGAUACCGAAUGGCGUAAGCUAUUGACUCCAUGAAAUAAGCCAACACAUUGCACUGACCCCCAUAAUACAUAAUCAUCAAUUUGCCAGAAAACAAUUAUUUGACAGCAAUAUUGGCAGUUUUAUCUCUUUAUCUCUGAUAAAUACAUUUAUACAUCUCACCCAAGAACAAAUAAUGUUCUUGUAGGCAGUGCAGACGAACAUUGAAGAGUGUAUGGCUGUAAGGUUUAGAUCAUGCAACAGUUUCUUGAGUUAUGCCACUUGUCAUCCUAGGAACUUGUCAUUGUAUUGAUUGAAAUGAGCGCAGGUUUAAGUACUGAAUGCUCUCAGCCAAUCGAAAGGGAUCCCGUUAAACGCCCGUGUUCACGCGUCUCCUCUAAUGGACCUGUUAAAGAGCUCGAGCACACCUUCAUCCACUGACAUCCGAUCCGACGAGAAGCUGCCUGAGAAUACACGUAAGAGGUCAGAAAGACUACUGGAACUGCAAAAUGCUUGAAUAUCAGGAGUCCGGGAUGAAAACAACAUCAGGUCAUCGGAUUUCCUUUUCGAUUAUUGACAUAUUGGAUCCCAAAAAGUUUACAAGUAAAAGGACAGUAUCAGAGGAAGAGCGGACAUCAUCUUCAGGAAAUACAGAAUUUGGAAGUUUGGAGGAACAGCGCAAUGGGAAAGGAUCGCUUUCCAUCUGCAAUAAUAUUGCAGGAGAUCAAUCAGCUGAUGACCAUCAAAGCUGCGUCAGAUUGCAUCCUCCUGAUCCCGAUGUUGACUUGGACUCUUCAGCCUCUCUCAGAAGCUUAAGAUCGGGCUUUUCGCCUUGUGAAGAUCCGGAUGAAACAGGUGAGGAGAGAAUCACUCCAGCGCCGGAUGAUGUGUCGCGUCAGCGGAGGCGUCGCUCAGAUCACAGCUGCGCGAAGCCGCGGCGUGCCAGAACCGCGUUCACUUACGAACAGCUGGUGGCUUUGGAGAACAAAUUCCGCGCCACGCGUUAUUUAUCCGUAUGCGAGCGACUAAAUCUCGCGCUUUCCCUGAGCCUGACUGAAACCCAAGUCAAGAUUUGGUUCCAGAACCGAAGAACCAAGUGGAAGAAGCAGAACCCUGGUGCCGAGAGUUCCCUGCAACCCGGCACGAACUCUCUGCCCCACAUCAGCUCGACCUGUGGGUCCACAUCUUCCCUCCACCACACGUUUAGCUCCGGGAACGUGAUCUUUCAUUCUGGCCCGGUGCACCUGGCAUCUUCCGGUGGGCUCCUGCAUCCUUUUUUGCCUGAUGGCUUCCUUCAGCCAGCAUUCUUUCCCCAAUUAUGAAUUUUGAAAGAAGGAAUGAUCAUAGACUAUGUGUAGCCUAAAUGUGAAUUUAUCAAGUGGAUUACUUGUUCAAUUAUCCUCAGCAGGACUGGAUUGUUCUUGGCUUGAUGUAAUAAUCGAUUAGGCCUAACAUGAAUUUAGAUCAGCUGUUUGCACUGAUAGCUGUGAGCAGAAAUAUGGAUAAGAUGGACCAAACCGUGGGCCUCAAGAAUGAUAAAUCUGAAAGAUGCACUCUCUCAAAUGCCAUUGUAAGAACAGAUGAUCUGAGAAUCUAAUCAUGGUCCAACCUGGCAACCACCCACUUUAAACCUUAGAGCUGAAUUGUAUAUAUGUGUAUCUUCUAUUAUUCGUGUUAACAGUUUGAUACGUCACUGUAGAUUAUAGCAUCAAAUUCUUUAAAGUCCCCUUAUGGUGAAACCCAAGCUUUUAAUAUUGUUUAUGUGUUUUUUUAUAUGAUUAAGACCACAUAUUCAUAAGUAAACACCAUUGCAUUGGAGUAAUAUCUCCUUAAAGGGUUAGUUCACCCAAAAAUGUAAAUUAUGUAAUUUAAGGAUUAGUUCACUUUUAAAAAAAUG